AUGUUAUUGCAGUUAUGGCGUAAAAUUAUGUUUAAACAAUAUGCAGUAAAUAAACAAUUAUUUAAUUGAAUAUUUUGAUUUUGUACAUAAUUUUACAUUUAAACAUUUUCUAGAUUUAGUAAAUUUUAUAAAAUUAUUUUAUAAAAAUCUUAAUUGAUUUAAUUAUGGAUAAAUUAAGAAUGUGUUCCGUUUGCGGAGAAUUGGCUCAGGGCUAUAAUUUCUGUGCCAUUACUUGUCAAUCGUGCAAAGCUUUCUUUCGGAGGAAUGCCUACAAAUAUGAGAAAUUCAAGUGUAGAUUUGGCGACAUUUGUAUCAUCAAUGAAAAGACCAGAAAAAUGUGCAAAAAAUGUCGACUCAAGAAAUGUUUCGCUGUCGGCAUGAAAAAAGAAUGGAUACUCAAUGAGGAGGAGAAGCUGUUCAGAAGAGCCCAAAUUGAAGAGAAUCGCAAACUUAAGAAAAUCAAAAAGAAAACCUCCGACGAGUCGACUGGUAGUCCAUCAUCUGAUGCCUCAAAUGCUGAGACAAUUAAAAGCGGUUCCGAAGAAGUAGUCAAUGACGAGGAAAUUACUGAUUAUUUGCUACAAAUGGAUAACUUCUAUACCACUGAACCGAUUGACACAAACAGUAAUAAUGAUAAUGAGAUGUCUAUAGAGUCAAUACAAUCCACUACUACUGAUUCAGAUACCAGUGAUGAGUCUAUGAAAGUGGUAUCAUAUUUAAGUGGUAUGAAAGAGGUAAGCAAGGAACUUUUAAUUAUCAACGAAGGUGAAUUGAUUGAUGAGACCCAGAUUAUCGACUGCAAGCACCGACUGGCUGUCCAAAUGCACUGCAACGCCUUAAAUCAAAUCAAUUAUAUAAGUUGUUUCAACUCGUUUGAAAUCAAACGUCUCAAUGAGCUAACAAGCCUUUGCAUGUUUCAAUUGAUCCCGGGUCCUAAACGACUUAAACAAAUCAUGUUUAGCUCAGCGAAUGAGCUCAUGGAAAAGGCAGCCUCAUCAUUUGAUACCUCGCUUAUUAAAUUGGUUGAAAGGGUCAAGAGUUUAAGCGCGUUUCAAAGUCUGUGUCAAAAUGACCAGAUAUCCCUGAUCAAAUACAGUUGCAUUGAGGUGCAGUUGCUUAAAUGGGGACUAUUUUAUCGACACGAGAAUGAGGUCUAUAUUAUGGAUGUGAAAUACAAAUGUAAGUCUAGAAACAACUGUCAAAUCGACGGAAAGUCCAGACGAUUAUGUAAGAAAUGUCGGCUCAAGAAGUGUUUUGCGGUCGGAAUGAAAAAGGAAUGGAUACUAAAUGAAGAGGAAAAGGAGUCGAGAAGACGACAAAUAGAAGAGAACAGAAUCAAGAAGUUUGGAGAUAAGAGGAAAACAACUAAUGGCUCAACAAUUUGUACAUUAACUCCAUCACCAGGUGUUGAUCCUCAAGAAACUGACAGUUUGUUAGUUGUCUCACAGAAUGAAGAGACCAGUGAUUAUAGCGAGAAAGACAAGUAUUUGGAUACUCUGGGGAUGACAUUAGAAAUGCUAAAUGAUAGCAAUAAUGAAUGGAUACUAAAUGAAGAGGAAAAGGAGUCGAGAAGACGACAAAUAGAAGAGAACAGAAUCAAGAGGUUUGGAGAUAAGAGGAAAGCAAGCUACAACUUCUGUGCCAUAUCUUGUCAAUCAUGUAAAGCAUUCUUCAGACGAACUGCCUUCAAGUAUGAGACCCGAAGAUUUUGUAUAAAAUGUCGGUUAAGGAAGUGCUUUACGGUCGGCAUGAAAAAGGAAUGGAUACUAAAUGCCGAGGAAAAGGAGUCGAGAAGACGACAAAUAGAAGAGAACAGAAUCAAGAGUCCCGAUAAGUUCAUGGAAGAGUCUGCCCAGAAGUUUGACAUAAACCUCCAGCAACUUGUCAUCACAAUAAAGAAUCUGGGCGCCUUUCAAAGUCUAUCAUUGAAUGACCAAAUAGCCGUGGUCAAGUAUAAUUGCAUUGAGCUGGAUAUAUUAAAAGCAGGUUUAGGUUUUAACCAUAAAACCGAGAGUUGGAUUUUCAAAGGGGACAAUAAUUUAUUGUGCAAGAUCGAAUUGAAUUCAUUUGAUGGAUUUAAGUAUAACUUCCUGGCUCUUUUAAAGUACUACUUGAACACAAUUGCAAAGGAAUUUGACUCCGAUUUACAUAUACUCGGAAUGUUAAUACCCGUUAUACUAUUCAAUCCGGAGAGACCUAACAUUAUCCACAAGGAUAUGAUCGAGUAA